AUGGCUCGCACAAAUACCCCCGCCCUUCGAGGCGUCCUCCGCAACCUUCGCGCCCGCCCUCUUACAUUCCCGCAACAGAGACUGUUCGGCGCAUCAUCCCGCUGCUUAGCCAACGACAAGGACAAGCAGUCGCAACAGCCCUCCUUCAAAAGCCAGCUCUACGAGAGCACCCAGCAACGUCUCAAGCGCGAGAGAGCCGAACAAGAGCGUUUCGCGCAAUAUCAGCAGACCCAAUCUCCCGGCAGUCGCUAUGCCGCCUUGAUGUUCGCACUGGUCUUCUUCUCAACAGGCGCAUACUACCUAGGUUCUCUAAAACCCGCCUCCCUCCCAUCAUCCUCAACAACAACACUCCAAGACCUCGAAUCCCCCAGACACAACGUCACCCCCUCAAAUCUCCAGGCAGCAUGGGUAGACUUUGUCGAAAUCCUCGGCAAAGAAAACGUUUCUACAAACGCAGGCGAUUUAGAAUCCCACUCCGGCUCAGACUGGUCCUCCUACUCCGCCAAAGAAAAUGAAAAGCCCUUCCUAAUCCUCUACCCCUCCACCACCGAGGAAGUAUCCCGCUGCAUGAAGAUCUGUCACGCCCGUCUUAUCCCGGUCACGCCUUACUCGGGCGGCACCAGUCUCGAGGGCCAUUUCGCGUCUACUAGGGGCGGCGUCUGUAUUGAUUUCCGACGCAUGGAUCAAAUUAUUUCCCUACAUAAGCGCGAUUUGGACGUUGUUGUUCAACCGGCGCUUGGGUGGGAGGAUUUGAAUGAGGAACUUGCUAAGGAUGGGCUCUUCUUUCCGCCUGAUCCGGGUCCGGGCGCUAUGAUUGGUGGCAUGGUUGGUACCGGGUGUAGUGGGACGAAUGCGUAUCGGUAUGGGACGAUGCGCGAGUGGGUUCUUAGUUUGACGGUUGUCCUUGCUGACGGAACUGUUAUUAAGACGAGACAGCGUCCGCGCAAGUCGAGUGCUGGAUAUGAUUUGACGAGGCUUUUUAUUGGUUCUGAGGGAACGCUUGGUCUUGUUACCGAGGCUACGCUGAAAUUGACUGUUAAGCCGCAGAGCACGAAUGUCGCUGUUGCGUCGUUUGGAAGUAUCGCCAACGCGGCUGAGUGCGUUACUAGUGUUGUUGAGGCGGGGAUUCCAGUUGCUGGCGUGGAAAUUCUGGACGAUGUUCAGAUGAAGUGUAUCAAUGCUAGUCAGAGUACUAGUCGGCAGUGGAAGGAGUCGCCGACUAUCUUUUUCAAGUUUACUGGUACACCCGCCGCGGUGAAGGAGCAGAUUGGCAUGGUGCAGAAACUUGCGAAUAAGGCUUCUGGAAAAUCGUUCGAAUUUGCCAAGGGUGAGGAGGAAAUGACUGAACUUUGGAGUGCCAGGAAGCAGGCUCUGUGGAGUGUUAUGGCUAUGCGACGUGGUGCUGAUGAUCAUGUUUGGACGACGGAUGUCGCGGUGCCGAUGAGUAAGUUGCCGGAUAUCAUUGAGGCGACCAAGGCCGAUAUGACUGAGAGUGGUCUUUUGGCUGGUAUUUGUGGCCAUGUUGGUGAUGGGAACUUUCACGCUAUCAUCUUAUUCAAUGAUGGCGAGAAGAAGGUUGCCGAGGGCGUCGUUCACCGCAUGGUGAAACGUGCCGUGGAGAUGGAGGGAACCGUGACAGGUGAACACGGCGUCGGUCUCGUUAAGCGGGAUUAUCUUGCCCAUGAGCUGGGUGAGACUACGGUGGAUGCCAUGCGCCGGUUAAAAUUGGCCUAUGAUCCUCUCCGUCUGCUCAACUGCGACAAGGUCGUUCGAAUUGAACAGCCUGCACCUGGCGAGAUCAAGAAAUGGUAA